AAAAGAAUCCAUCAAUCAGUCAUCUCCAUUUGAUUGGAUUGAAUGAAAAUGGCGGGUUGGUGGUCAUCCGAUUCUUUCGACAAAGCGAAGCCGUAUCUGGGUGUGAUCUUCAUGCAGUUGUGCUCAGCUGGGAGCUCCAUCAUCUCAAAGUUUGCUCUCAACCAAGGCAUGAGCCAGCAUGUCUUUGUUGUCUACCGAUACGCCAUUGCCACUGCUGUGAUUGCUCCCUUCGCGUUUUUCGUCGACAGGAAGGUGAGGCCAAAGAUGACUCUAGGGAUCUUCUUCAAGAUAGCACUCCUUGCUUUCCUAGAGCCGGUCGUCGAUCAGAACCUGUACUACACUGCAAUGAAGUACACCACAGCAACAUUUGCAGCUUCAAUGAACAGUAUCAUGCCUGCCUUUGCAUUCCUCAUGGCUUGGGCCUUGGGGCUGGAGAGGGUUAGAUUGAGGAAGUUUCACAGCCAGGCAAAGAUCAUAGGCACCAUAGUGACAGUUGGAGGAGCCAUGGUGAUGGCUUCCAUGAAAGGAGCUAGGCUUGAUCUACCAUGGACCAAAGGAAUUCCAGACCAUUCUUCAUCUUCUUCAGCUGCUCCAGAGCAUCCUAUCAGGGGUGCUCUCAUGAUCGCCAUCGGCUGCGUUUGCUGGGCUGGUUUUGUCAAUCUCCAAGCAAUCACAUUGAAAUCAUACCCUGGGAAGCUGUCCCUCACAGCUCUAAUAUGCAUGAUGGGAGCAAUGGAGGGAUCAGUAGUGGCAGUCGGUCUGGAGUGGAAGAACCCUUCAGCAUGGACGAUUGGUUUCGACACCAAGUUACUCGCUGCUUUCUAUAGUGGGAUUAUGUCGUCAGGAGUACUGUACUCGAUUCAAGGACUAGUGAUGCAGAGAAAGGGACCGGUUUUCGUGACGGCAUUCGGCCCUUUGGUCAUGGUGAUCGUGGCCAUCUUGGGUUCCCUUUUCUUGUAUGAGAUUCUUUACUUGGGGAGGGUAGUGGGAGCGGUGGUGAUAGUGACAGGAUUGUACAUGGUGCUGUGGGGGAAGACUGGAGAUGACGAGAAAGGCAGCAAUGGCAUUACUACAAUUAACGACAAAUUAGUGGCUGCUGAUCAUCUCCCCAUUGCUAAUGCUGAUUCAUCAGUGGAAGCCACGAACGUCGAGAAGAUAGAAAGCAAGCAUGAACAGAUCAAUGGUGGGGAAGGGUUUGUUUCCAUUGAGCUGCCCAAGAUCUGAUUUUAUGAAAGGAGUAAGAAAGAAGAGACAGGGGGUGAAAUACCAAAUUCUCUGCCAUUUUCUCGAUUUAGGGGGAACACAGAAAGCUUCACUCCAUGUAACCUUUGUCCUCCUUUCCUGCCAUAGAAUAGAAGGAAAGGAGAAAACUUCCAAGUGUUUAGGUUCAGCAGUGACAUUUUGGUCGGGUUGAUCCCUCUAACCACAACCAUCCUCUGUUUUUGUUUUUUCACUCUGUAGUUCUUGGCCAAUUUGUUUAUUCCUUUAAUUUUCCGUUUUGAUAAGAAAACGGGAGAGGAUAGGAAUGGAAUUGCAAAUAUGUUCUCAACUAUGAAUAUAUAUUGUAUUUGUGUU